ACUAUCCAUCAGCAGACUGCUGUUCAAACAGGAGACAUGGGACUGUGGAGUCACCGAGGGGGGGAAAACUCUUCUCUGCGACUCACCACAACAACUCAAACCAAAGGGAGGAAGUCAUUUCUAGCUGAAAAUGUUUCACGGAGCCUAUAUUUCUAAUUUCUACUCAGUAAAGGACCGGAAGAGAGACAACUUAAAUGACAACUGAAGUUAUCCGUGCUUUUUUGAUACCUAGGGCAAAGUGCCACACCUUCGCUUAGCGCAACAGCUCCACUACACAGCUGGCCAAAUGGGGUGCCAAUGCUGCAGGAUGAUAAAAAGCUACAUCUACGACCCCUCCGUGGCAGUGGAUGUGAGGAAGACCGACUCUGCAGGCAGCUCGCUCUACCAGCCCCACUACCUCUCAGGCGGGGCCCCCGGCAGCGACCCGCUCAGCAGCCACAACAAGCAGAAGCAUGGCUUUCACAACCUGGGCUACAGUAAGUCCAGCGACAGCACCCUCAAACUAGAGGUGGACAACAACCACGUCAACCACAGUCUGCACGCCGCACCUUCACCUAUGAGGGAGCACCACCAAGGCAGCACUCCACCUGCAGAGGUGUACAUCAUCCAGCCAGAUGUUCUGGGGCCACGAUGGAUGAUGCAGGAUAAAAGCCCAAGCCCGGUGCCGGUUUACCCCAACAUAGACGAGUAUGCCAACCAGAGAAGCUACAGCAAACGGGGACACCGAGCGACAGAGAACGGGUGGGACAGCUCCAUCACCGAGUGUGGAACCGGCAACGAAAGCCUGUCAGCAGACGAGAUAGACGAGGGCGUAGGAGGGACGCCGGAGUACCCGUGCGACACCGGGGACGAGGGGAGCGUCCUGUCGGUGGACAUCCACACCAGCACCACUAGCCUGUCCUCAGCCGACACCAGAGACGACCACAGACCGCCAAAGACUCCGGACCUUUCCACCAUCGAGAGCGGGAUCUCUGUGACAAAGAGCGAGGAUGAGGAGGAGGACGAGGAGGUGCAGAGCGUCACGGACUCGAUGGUGGCGGAGGCCCUUGCCGCUCUGGAGGCCGCAACCGCCGGGGAGGACUUUGAGUGACACGUUGAGCUCUGCGUUUUCUCUCGUCACCUAGAAACUCAGACUUGAAACGCAACUCGACAGAGCGUUCAAAACCACAACGAGACUUUACCACAGUUCUGAAUGAAGGAAAACUCUGUUUACAAAAAAAAAAUAAGUGCAGAUUUAUUUUUCAACUCGAACUCUAUAUAUACUCGAUAUUUUUUUAUUGUGGUCGCUCAGACAGAAGAUAAUGUCUGCCUUGUGAGUUAGGCAACAUUUCCAAAGCUGCGAGGUUUGCAUAAAGCCACAAAAGAAGAGACAUCAGUGUGUAGACUGUGAAUACUGCCUGCAGCCAUAUCAGCCUGUUAGCCCUUUUGAAUAUAGUGUAUUUAACACUCCACAGUCCUAAUAAAAUAAAUAUGUGCUCAUA